AGAUCUUGCCUUAUCACAUUACCAAGCGAUAAUAAUAAGAAAAGAAAACAAGUGUAUAAGUAGAACAUGACGACACAAGGCAUGGCGUUUGUUUUCUUUAUGGGGUUGUUCAUAAUAUCCAAACACAGGAUGAAUGGUCGCCACAUACCACAACAGCACUCAUCUCAGACCUCACAUGCUCACCACAGUGACUUCAGUGUGCCGACGGAUACGGCACUGUUGAGACGUUGAGAAGAUGUCUGCUGCAAGGUACAGGGAGGGAGAAGCGGUGGUGGUCAGCAGACUGCCUCCAUCAGACCAAGAGAGGAGCUUUCAGACUUUCCUAUGGAACCGCAAAGCCGGUGCUGUCCUAGGACGCACUCCAUCAUCUUGGGCCAAGAUUGGACUCUUCUACAUCGUGUUCUACAUUUUCCUGGCCGGCUUCUUCAGUCUCUUGAUGUUCGUCUUUUACCAGACUAUCGACCUCAAAGUCCCGAAGUACACAGGACAGGAGUCCCUGCUUCGCAACCCUGGUUUGAGUUACCGGCCCAAAUUCCUCUAUUCCGAUGACCUGCGCCCCACCAUCAUCUACGAACCGGGCUUCAGAGACACUGCGCUUACCUAUAUCUACUCCAUCAAUGAAUUUUUGCAGAAAUAUGAUAACCGCUCACCUACGAGUAACUCCGUAACCUGCGUGCCUGGUGAAGAGGUUCCUGCUGGUUCAUUGUGUGACUUCGAUAUUCUUAACGUCAAUACCAGCUGCUCCAAGGAAAACGACUGGGGAUACAGUACCAACUCCCCCUGCCUUCUCCUGAAACUUAACAGGAUGUUCUCGUGGACGCCUGAACCGCACCAUUAUCUUGACGAGCUCCCCGAAGGUCUACAGCAACAUCUCAACAGCUCAGUAGCAGAUCCACAUAUGGUGGUGAAGAAGUACGUGUGGGUGUGGUGUGAGAGUGACGACGUAAAAAUUGAGCAGUUGUCACCAGGUAUUCCAGUCAACUUCUUCCCUUUCUUCAAUCAAGAAGGAUACAUCUCUCCAUUCGUCUUCGUCCGCAUCCAGAACCUCCCUAUUGAUCAAAAGGUGAAGGUUCGAUGCCGUGCGUGGGCUAACAACAUUGAGCAUCGAAUCAACAAGCGGCUGACAGGAGAAGCAGUUGUUUACUUCCACCUCUAUUAAGACGGCGAUGAUCAAGGCUUGUACUUUGAAACACGCUAAACUCACAAGCAGUAUUUUCACAAGUCACGGAGAAGAUUAGUUGGAUUUUCAUGCACAAAAGUUAAUCUGUAAUUCUUAAUUCUUCACCUCUUUUUUUUUUUUUUUUUUUCUGGUAACUCUAAAACUCAUUAUCUACUUCUAUAUCUCCCCUUUCUGGUGGCUUGGAUUCUCUCAAGUUGGAGGUUUCAAGACACUUAUCCUUCAGUUUUGUAUAAUACACUUAACUUUUUUCUUAGUUUUUUUUUUCUUUAGGGACUGGUAUCUCUAUAAUCCCAUUUUUCCUCUUUUUGUAACCCUGAGCCAGUUUUGCUUCUUAGUAGAAAUACAUUAAGGAAAUAUGUAAAUAACCAGAUAAGGGACUGGUAUCUAGAUAACCAGUUUUUUCCCUUUUUGUUGCUCUUAGCCAGUGUUUUUCUUCAUAUACAUUAAUGAAUAAGCAAAUAUGUAGACAAAGAAAUUUAUAGAUAAAAUAACUAAGAG